CUUACACUUGUGUUGCAGCUGGAUUUCAGAAUCAACCUUUCUUGUUUGAAAGCCUAAUUUUCCAGUGUGCGCUUGCUUGUUACUGCGUUGUUUUGUUUUCUAUACAUAACAGCAAAUGGUUUACAAUGCGUGUAAAACUGCAAGAACCACAUCUGGAAACAUUGCAUCACUGAGAAGGACCCGGAUUGAGAGGAAGCAGAAGUUUCACAAAGUCGCAGAGAAGUAGCUGCACUUAGAGUAAAAUGCAGCUUUUACAAAAUCUGUAGGGAAAUUAUUCAGCUGUCAGUGAUGUAAGAAAGUAGAGGAUAAAAAAAAAAAAAAAAAAAACACACAGACCGGAGUAAGAAGCACGAGAAGGAAAAUUAAAAAGAGAAGAUGCCCGCUCCUCCACCUCCACCCCCUCCCCCACCUGCUGCCCCCCCACCUCCCACAUUCUCACAAGCCAAUAUACAGAAACCUGUUCUGAACAAAUCACAACAGCAAGGAAGAAAUGCUCUUUUGACAGAUAUUUCAAAAGGAACGAAGCUGAAGAAAGCUGUAACAAAUGACAGAAGCUCCCCAUUGAUUGAUAAGCCCAAAGGGUCAGGAGGAGGAGGAGGAGGAGGAGGUGGAGGAGGAGGUGGAGGAGGUGGAGGAGGAGGUGGAGGAGGUGGAGGAGGUGGAUUAGGUGGAGGAGGUGGAUUAGGUGGACUCUUCCAAGGAGGGAUGCCGAAGCUGAGAUCUGCAGGGAGCAGAGAAAAUUCUGGAGGGAGCAGAGCUCCAAUAUUGCCCCCUGGAGGACGACCAACAAGUGGUAGCUCUGCCCCCCCACCCAGAUUUUCUGGAACACCUCCUGUCCCGAGAAGCAGUGCUCCAGACUUUCCUAGAGCCAGGAUGACGCCCCCCAGGCCAGAGAGUGAAGGGGGGCCCCCUCCUGUGCCCAGCACACCACGCCCCACGCCAUCCGGUAUGCAGAACAGAGGCCCUCCACCAGUGCCAGGAGGAGGCCGGCCGAACCCCAGCCCUGCUCCAUCUCCACCCUCCUUUGGUGGCAGGAAUCAGGGCCCACCAUUACCAGGAAGCUCCCCCUUCUCUCGUCAGCCUUCCCAUUCCAGCCCUCCAGUCCCCAGCUCAGGCCGGCCUCCACUCCCUCCUGCACCAGGCAGGCCCAUGGAGGACAGGCCUCCACCCCUUCCCACAGGAGGCAGGUCCUCCCUGCAGAGAGACGGGCCACCAGCCCUUCCCUCUCAGAACAAUAAGCCUCCAGUUCCCGCUGUGCCUCGGCCUUCAGCCGCUAGCGGGGCUCCUCCUCCUCCUCCCCCCGGCAGACCAGGCCCGCCUGCCUUCCCUCCCACCCCCCGUGGUGAUGAAGAAACUCCCAGGCUCCCCCAGAGGAAUCUGUCUCUGAACUCUCAUGCUCCAGCUCCUCCACCACCGAUGUCUGGCCGAUCUGGCCCCCUUCCCCCUCCUCCCAAUGAGAGACCACCACCCCCCUUCAGAGAACCUCCUGGCCGAUCAGGGCCCCUCCCCCCUCCACCUCCCAUUGGUAGGAACGGAGGCAGCGUGAGGUCAUCCCCUCCGCCACCUCCACCCAACCGGCCUGGAGCCGAGCCCAACAGGGGCGGGGGGAGACCCCCACUCCCUCCUGACAGACCUGGCGCUGGAGCUCCACUCCCGCCUCCGCCACCAGUGAGAAACGGCUUCCAAGACUCUCCCCACAUCUCAUGCGAAGAUGAGUGGGAAGGCAGAUUCUCUUUCCAUCCUGUUUCAGAGUUGCCACCACCUGACCCAUAUAUACCAACUCAGAAGGUCUACCCCAGCAAACUGGGAAGAAAUGAAAGCAGAGGCUCAGUAGGAAGAGAAAGAGGUGCUCCACCGCUCCCUCCUAUUCCGAGGUGAUCUGGGAGUCUGCACAGGAUUACCACUCCUUCCAGCAGGAGCUCUUUUGUUUCUUUUUGGGGCUGUGUUCAUGGCCAUUUCUCUUGUGCUUUCUUUUCUAAUGGCUUUGUUCAGUGUCUAAUAAGUCUUGCUGCAUCGGGGCUUCAGUGAAGUUAACCAGUGAUGUCUUUUGUUAAUAAGUGCCUUACAAAACUAACUGUGUUUACAAAACUACAGAAGUACAGACAUGUUUCUAAGUAUGUGUUUUGUAAAUAAUACAUUUAUCAUGCUUUACUGCAAGCCAUUUGAAUUAGCAAUGCUAUCUAUUGGGUUCAAAUAGCAAACAUAAGGACCCAUUUUUAAUUCAUGUUUGUAUUUUUUAAAUUGUUCAGGACUGCUGUAGCAAAAAGAUAAAAAUAGUAAGGUUUUAAAAAAAACUCAGUAUCUGUAUGUAUUCUUAUCAAAGCACAGACUGAUGUUUGUGUUUUUUUACAUUUAAGUAAACUCCGCAAAAUAAUUGUUGACUCACAGAUCCCACAUUUUAUUUUUAUGGGUUUUAUAUGAAAAAAAAAUCAUAUUCUGGAAAAAUUAUUCUGGAAGAUAAUACAUUUUAUUGGUUUAUAUGUCUGGGGGUAGUCAUUAGCAUCAUUUGUUGUAAAGAGUAUUUUUAGCCUUAACAAAUAUAAUGGUUUAUAUUGGUGUAGCGCUCAUAGUGUUACUGUGCUUUAAUUAUGCAAAUCUACAUGUGUAUUUAUAUAUAUAUAUAUAUAUAUAUAUAUAU